AAGUACAACUCCAAAAUUAAAACCCGCCCGAACCGACCCGACCCGUAGAAACGAUUGGAGAAGCAGAGAUACUCGCGCUUCUUCCUACAUUCGCGCUACAGCAAAAAAAAAAAAAAAAAAAAAAAAAAGUCAUUGACGUGAGAAAUCCACGUCUCGUUGUUCUCCUCCGUCUCUGUGUUUUCUGGCAGGUUAGGACUUGGCUUUCCCGAGAAAAUCUCCUCCUUCUCCUUCCGAUUUUCCCAGGUUUGGAGAGAUCAUUUUGCCUUUCCCCGGUGCUUAUUAUUCAUGAUCGGAUUAUCUGAAUCGUGUGUUUUGACUUAGUUUAUCCCAAUGCCGUUCUUCUCUUGUUGCACCAAAAGAGCAAUCUUCUGUUCCUCUCCAGGUAGGUUCGUCUCUACUGCUAUUUUCUUCUUUAUUCGCAACUUGACAAUGCUACUAGGUAGAUCCCAGUUCCUUGCAUUUCGAAUCCAUCAUGCUUCUCGAUACCGAAAUUCAGUUAAUGAUUCAAAACGAAUAGAUGAUCUACGAUUAGAAUUUCUCACUCUUUUUUAGAAAUUCUCAUCUAAGAAUAACAUGGUUUUACUUGAUGAUGUUGUUGCAUUCCCUGGUUUCAACUAGUUUUCUCUAGCCUUUCUGUUUGGUAGUUGGUCUAAUGCUCAAUAAUAUUUAUGUAACAAUCGUGCUUUCAGGCCUUGUUGAUAGAGAAUGAAGGACUUGUGGCUUUAUCAAGUGUUUCCAUAAGUUUGCUUUCCACCUCCAUGCCUUUGGUGAUUGAUGAUGAAUUCUCUCACUGAUCAAUCAGGCAGCUCUCAUGGAGGUUCAACUCCCCGUAGUCCCUUCUCUCCAUCUUCUGCACAUGAAAGGCAUAAAGGUCUGCCCGAUUCCAGAUUUCAGCGUCCCCUGCCCAAUUCUUCACCACUGGAUCCAUCAUCCCCUGGAUCAAUGCUCCAUGGAGGACACAAGUCCCACGAGGCUUUCCAAAUGAAACAGUGCCGAUUUGAUCUCCAAGCCGCAAAGAUUUCAGAACUGAUGAAAUCAAACAAUUUAGAUAAUGCUCCCACGCAGUCACUUCUAAGUAUCGUUAAUGGAAUUCUUGAUGAAACUAUUGAGAGAAAGAAUGGUGAAAUCCCUCAGCGUGUAGCAUCUCUGCUGAGGAAAGUUGUGCAGGAAAUCGAGCGACGUAUUUCAACUCAAUCUGAGCAUCUAAGAACGCAAAACAGUGUGUUUAAAGCUCGUGAGGAGAAGUACCAGUCAAGGAUCAAAGUUCUUGAAACCUUAGCUUCAGGAACUAGUGAAGAAAAUGAGAUUGCUACAAGACAACUUCGACGGAUAAAGACAGAAAAGUCUAAGCUGGAAGAGAAGAAGAAAGACAAAGAGGAGGAUAUGGUUAGGCUAGAGAAAGAAAAUGGUCAUUAUAAUCUUGAAAUUUCUACUUUAAGGCGAGAACUAGAGACAACCAAGAAAGCAUAUGAACAACAAUGCUUGCAAAUGGAAAGCCAGACAAAGGUCGCGACAGCAGGUAUCGAGGACAGGGUUAAGGAGCUUGAACAAAUGAGAGAGGAUGCAAGCACUGCAAAAAUUGCCCUUGAAGAAAGGGUUAGGGAGCUUGAAGAGAUGGGAAAAGAAGCAAAUGCUGUUAAAAUGACUCUUGAGGAAAAGGUGAAGGAGCUUCAACAAUUCAAAAAAGAGACGCUAACAGUCACUACAAGCCUUGAAGCUAAAAAUCGAGAGCUUGAACAAUUUAAAAAGGAGACAAUGUCUGUUAAUACAAGCCUUGAAGCAAAAAAUCGAGAGCUUGAACAAUUUAAAAAGGAGACGGUGACUUUUAAUACAAGCCUUGAAGCAAAAAAUCGAGAGCUUGAAAAAAAUCUGGUCCACUGGAAGAGUAAAGCCAAAGAAAUGGAAGAAAAAUCAGAGUUGAAGAAUCGGAGUUGGAGUCAGAAAGAACUUUCGUAUAGAAGCUUUAUCAGUUUCCAAUUCAAGGCGCUACAAGAGUUGAGGUUCUGUUCUAACUCCAUCAAACAAGAAAUACUAAAAGUUCAAGAUAAGUAUACAACAGAGUUUAGUCAAUUAGGGAGGAAAUUGCUUGAACUUGGAGAUGCUGCUGCAAACUAUCACGAAGUCCUAACUGAAAACCAAAAGCUCUUCAAUGAACUUCAGGAGCUAAAAGGCAACAUUAGAGUGUAUUGUCGGGUGAGGCCUUUCUUGCGAGGGCAAGGUGCAUCAAAAACUGUGGUAGAACACAUUGGUGAUCAUGGGGAGUUGGUAGUUCUCAAUCCAACAAAACCUGGGAAAGAUGGUCUUCGAAAAUUUAAGUUCAAUAAGGUCUACAGUCCUGCCUCUACUCAAGCUGAGGUAUUUUCAGAUAUAAAACCUCUUGUUCGAUCAGUUCUCGACGGGUACAAUGUAUGUAUCUUUGCAUAUGGUCAGACAGGAUCCGGGAAAACUUACACAAUGACUGGUCCAGAUGGAGCAAGCGAAGAAGAGUGGGGAGUAAACUAUCGUGCUCUCAAUGACCUCUUCAAAAUCUCUCAAACCCGAAAAAGCAACAUAGCGUAUGAAGUCGGGGUGCAGAUGGUGGAGAUAUACAAUGAACAAGUGCGCGAUUUACUCUCUGGUGACAGUUCUCAAAAGAAAUAUCCUUUUUUGUGCUCUACUUUUUUUUUCUUUUGCUCUUUCAAAAUUAGUUCUUCCAUAUUAGUUCGGCUCUGUUCUCCAACUAUCUGUUUGUGUUUCCAUUCUUUUGCUUCCCUUGACUUUCACACACUAGGGAUUCUUUCUACAACUCAACAAAACGGUCUUGCUGUACCUGAUGCAAGCAUGUAUCCUGUGACAUCCACCUCGGAUGUUCUUGAAUUAAUGAGCAUUGGGCUACAAAACCGAGCCGUUAGCUACACUGCCUUGAACGAAAGAAGUAGCCGCUCUCACAGCAUUGUGACUGUUCAUGUUCGUGGCAAGGACUUGAAGACCGGUUCUGUGCUGUAUGGAAAUCUACAUUUGGUAGAUCUGGCCGGUAGUGAGAGAGUUGAUCGCUCUGAAGUUACAGGAGACAGACUUAAAGAAGCACAACAUAUAAACAAGUCACUCUCAGCUCUAGGAGAUGUGAUAUUCUCUCUUGCUUCAAAGAGUUCUCAUGUACCAUACAGGAACAGCAAACUAACUCAGCUUCUCCAAAGCUCUCUAGGUGGUCGAGCAAAGACAUUGAUGUUUGUUCAACUCAAUCCUGAUAUUACUUCAUAUUCAGAGUCAAUGAGUACUUUGAAAUUCGCAGAGCGUGUCUCUGGAGUUGAGUUAGGUGCUGCAAAAAGCAGCAAAGAUGGUAGAGACGUUAGAGACUUAAUGGAGCAGUUAGGGUCCCUUAAGGACACAAUAGCGAGAAAAGACGAUGAGAUAGAGCGGCUUCAUUUGCUUAAGGACAUUAAUUAUCCACAGAGACUGCAGAGAAAAAGCUUAGGACAAUCCGAUGACUUUAACUCAGAAGCUGGAGAUUCACAGUUGUCUAUAGAAGACGACUCAAGAAUCCAACAAGAUUAUACCAGACAGUCACGACACUCUGUCACGGAUGGUGAGACCUUAGCUUCCUCCAUUGAUGCAGAGUACGAUGAUGAAACAGAAUCCAUUGAUGCUCCUUCAGCAGAAGGAAGAAAACCUUUAAAGUAUUCAGACAAACCUAAACCGGUGACUCCAAGGAGUAGUACGACAACAUCACGACCACUUGAUAAACUCAAGCAAGUCGCUACGAGGACGUCGAACAUAGCAAAGGCCACGUCAGGCUUGUCGUCACCAAGUUCUCAAGGCAUGAAGAAGACGGGAAGUGCUUCUAAUUUGCUCAAGUCAUCGAAAGAUUCCAAACGGUGGUCCUGAAAAUACUAUUUUGUCCUUAGCAGCUAAUUUUUUCUCUCCCUCUAUGAACCCAAAUCAAAUGAUCAAUGGUUUCAUUUGGGACCUAAUUUUGUAAAUUUAUUUUGUUAAUAUACGAAUCGUACUACUCUCACGAAGUUUUUUAGAAAUUUGACAAUAAUAUUUCAUCAUAAAUUCAUAAUUGUAGUACUCUUCUUCAAAAUGGGGUAAAAAUUUAUAGUAACUCUACUAUAUUAUAUGAAUAGUGUGCAUAUGUAACAGCAAGGUUAUUGAAAGUGGGAAAGAAGAUUAUAAAAUGAGAAAGGAACUUGAAAAGCUAAGAUAACAACUUGUAUCAACAGUUAGCUCCAAUCCGAUCCAUAGAAAUUCCCACUUAACAAAAUAUUAUUGGUGGGUAGUCCCCACAGUGUUAUUUGCAUACUUGAAUUUAGCCCAGUUUUUGUUCUCUGUCACCGAAUGAUGUGAUCGCCAAAUCUAUUUUUGGAAUAUUUUGGGGCCCCAAUAUUUUCACUAGUUAUUGUAAACCCCCAAUUCUGUCCUCUUCAGCAUCUAAUAAAAAACAUCAUCCUGAACAUAAUAUGCUGUUUCAUGUAUGUUAAGAUAGCAACAGAAUCAUUGACCAGUUCAGAAAAAUUAAGAUUAAGUAGUUGAGAGACUCUGUUUGAGCGUCAUGGGCAACUAAAGAUUUUAACCAUUUUUGUGUAUUAAUCAUUGGAAAA